ACCAGUACGUCAGUCAACACUGGCCACUAGCUGCAGCGCUUCUUCCUAUCCAUCCCCUAUCCCUACAAGUGUCCAGUCCAGGUAGCAAAGAGGGCCGGGAGGCACGCCUCAGGAGAUGGGCAUGCUCCAUGUUUGAGCAGGUGGUGUCGGAUUUCUGCUGGCAUGCGAGGGAAGUAGUGUCGUCAGCGAUGGGGCUCUGGGGCUGGCCCUGGGGGCGGCGUGGCCCGUCGGGCUUCGGCUCCGCGUCCACCGCCGAGGAGGUCACCGCCGGCGUCGACGCCAGCAACCUCACCGCCAUCGUCACAGGAGCAACGAAUGGCAUUGGAAAGGAGACGGCCAGAGUGCUAGCACUGAGGGGAGCAAAGGUGAUCAUACCAGCUAGGACGCUGGAGAGUGGCCUGAAGGUGAAAGAGAGCCUCGCAGAACAGGUCCCGAGCUCCAAGCUGCACGUCAUGGAGAUGGACCUGAGCUCUCUCAGCUCCGUCCGCGACUUCGCGCGGUCCUUCGAUUCAUCUCACCAGCAUCUGAACCUCCUCAUAAACAAUGCAGGGAUUAUGGCCUGCCCUUACCAGCUCUCCAAGGAUGGAAUCGAGCUACAAUUCGCAACUAAUCAUGUUGGCCAUUUCUUGCUGACAAGUCUCCUGCUAGACAAGAUGAAAUCAACUGCUAGAGAGACAGGUGUGCAGGGCAGGAUCAUAAACGUAUCAUCCAUUGCGCAUAAAAGAAGUGAUGGUACAUGCUUUGAGUUGAACAAGCUAAACGAUAAGGAUAGGUACCAGCCGUUCAUUGCAUAUGCACAUUCAAAAUUAGCCAAUAUUCUCCACGCAAAUGAGUUGUCCAGGCGUUUUCAGGAAGAAGGAUGCAAUCUGACAGCGAAUUCCCUGCAUCCUGGAGUAAUCAUCACCAAUAUCAUUCGCUAUGUUGCAGGAAACAACAGUGCGCUGAUUUCGGUUCUGUCCCCUGUAGCAAAUCUUUUUCUGAAGAGCGUACCCCAGGGAGCUGCAACUACUUGCUACCUGGCAUUACACCCUAAUGUCAAAGAUGUAACUGGUAAAUACUUUGCGGACUGCAAUGAAGCAACGCCGACUGCUGUCGCAAGAGAUUCAGAGCUGGCGAAGAGGCUAUGGUCGUUCAGCGAAGAACUUGUAGGGACCAAUGCAGAUAUGUCACAGACGACACAGGCAAGUGAAGAAGAGGACGUACAAGCGAAAGACGUUUUCCAAGACCAGUAGUGUAAUAGCUCUAGCUGUGUUUUCUACUAGUAAUUCUUGUACCUGUAUUGUGGGCCCAAAUGGCCAGUGACUGUAAUGGUACGUAAGUGCCCAAGAGUUGUAAGAGAAGGGAUAUUCAUCAGACAUUCAAUCAAGAAACGAAGCGGCUGAGGCAGGUCCUCUCCGUUGUUCACCCAAA